AUACUUUCAUUCCAAUCGCGGGUUGACCCAUAUGGGGAUAAGAUUUUCUUCUCUCUUGCCAUAAAAUUUGUCGCGCUCGUUCAGUGCAGCAAAAAUGGCCACCACUCUUCCUCUGUUCUGGCAUCUCUCCUCUGCUUCUCGGGACGAACGUUUAGAUGCUUCCGUCAAGCUAAUCUAUGCUCUUGAGCAAUUCCAAAAUCAGCAUAAAGCUCCUAGCCCAGCGUCGGAUGAAGAAGUGGAGCCCACGAAGAUAGAUACCCUCGAUGUCAUGAACGCACAGGACGUGUCGUACUCACUAAGGAGGCUCAUAAGAGGGCUUGCUAGUCCUAUAGAAAGCAGUAGAUUGGGAUUUUCAGUGGCACUUACUGAGCUGCUAUCUCGUUUGGAUACUGUUACAUGUUCGCAAAUUUCUUUACUGAUACUCGAAAUAACGAAGGCGCAAGGAGCUUCCACGGGGCAAGAAGAACGAGACAUUUUGUUCGCCCGCCUUUUUGGAUUUACGUCGAUCAUACAGUCCGGGUUACUGGUACGAUUGAUGCCACUAGCGACAUCUCCAUCUUCUGCAACACAGGCAUCCUCACUAUCAAGCUAUAGCGAGUUGCUUUCACAGCUGGUUUCUCUCGGGGAGAAGAAGUCCUGGCUACGUGAAAGUACAUGGUGGUCUAUAGGUUUGGCAAUUGACGCGCUGAAUGAGUCCCGAGUCGAAUGGAAGGAGGAAGCUUGCCAGGCUACUGUCAGAAUUUUGUUCUUAGAAAACAAAUCUUGGUCGCCGGAAAAAAUUGCGUUGUCAUUGAAGAUACAGAAACUGGGAUGGCAUGUCAACUGGCGGCCGUUGCUCUCGCCGACAUUCAAAGAUCGUGAUUUGCUGAACAAUAGCAAUUUACAAACUAUCGCACUGAUUCUCAAGGAAGCAGGAGUCGAAGAUGAAUCCGGAGACGUACAAAAUAGUUCUACAGGUUCUUGGAAGCCACAGCUGCAUUUUGCGUGGGAUAUCAUAUUAGAUACUCUAAUUCCCAGCUCGAACCUUGAAACACAGAAGAAGAGUAACUUUCCAGAGUUCUUCCGAAUAGUGGUCGACGAAAAUCUGUUCUCCGCGAAUUCUUCAAUCGAAAGGAAGUACUGGGGCUUCCAAGUAUUCCAAAGGUCACUAGUCCGAGUGGGCGAAGAUCUCAUGCCAAUGCUAUUUUCCAAAAACUUCAUGAGAACGUGGAUCAACCACCUCUCUAAAAAAGACCGACAUCUCAACAAAAUCGCCACGCAGACGAAAUUCGUCGAAAACAAUCCGAAACUCGGAUUCUCUCUUAUACUGCAGUUGACCGGCGUACAUGGGAGUCAACAGUUUGAUAGACUCACAAGAACGAAAACUGUGGAAAAAAUUCUAACGACGAUGGACACUGCGGCUAUAAAACAAUAUAUUCAACACUUACUCCAGCAAGCUAAUGACGACGCUGUUAGCAUCGAAACCAACAACUCACGCCGACAAUGGGUCAUCGAUCAGUUGUCUGCCUUGAUACGGAAUGGGGCAAUUGCCAAGGACAACGAAUGGGUUCUAGAGGCGCUGAACUGGCUGGUGCUCAAUGGCCUCUUCGUCGUAAAGAAGAGGAGGGAAAAUAGCCAUUUCAUUGGUUUAAGGAAACCUCCGAAACCUCUGUUUUCAGAUGAGCUCCGUCGCCACUGUCGAGAAAAGUUGUUGAGCUGUCUUUCUGACCUCACUAGUCAGGCAAGCGUUGUACAAGAAGGCAACUCGAAAGUAAAGGCAUUUGGCGUAACGUCCGACAGAGAGUUUUGGGUUUCCAAGGUCCUAGCCAUCAUUCAAGAUCUUCGCGCUGACACAAGACAUGUCACGCCGCUUGUUGAUAUAGAUGAAGAAGUUAAUGCACUACAUGAGAAGGCGAAGCAAGUUGUCGCAAAACUGAAAACGGUACCCGAUAGUGAGACGGAAAUUGCAGGAGGUACUGAGCUGCUGCUCUCGGCGUGUAUGGUACAACAGUAUUGUGCAGAAGACGAAGAGUUCACAAUUCCUCUUGAAGAAUCCUUAGAUGCCGCUGCCCGCAUGUUUUCGCUGGACAAACACAAGCAAAAGAAGGGGAGGAAGUCCUUGGGCCAGGAAGAACCGCAACAUGAACCCAUCGAUGUUUUCGCCGACGUCAUCAUCGGUUUUUUGGAACGAUCCACCGCAUUUAUGCGUGCUGCAGGGAAUCAAGCUUUCUCGUUGAUUUCAUCGGCUGCAAAGGAGUCCACGAUUGAUCUCGUAUUGGAUCAACUCCGCAAGAGGGAUCCAUCUGAAGAUGAUGAGGAAACGGACGAUGCCAAUCCGCCAGACUCGGAUGGGGCAGGUGAAGAAGAAGAAGAAGAAGAAGAAGAAGACGAGACUGACUCUUCGUCCGCUGAUGGCAGUUCAGACGAUGGCGAGGAUAGUAACGACGAACCUGAUGAAGAACUUCGGCAACAAAUCAUGGAGGCUCUUGCAGUCAAUGGAAUUCAAGCUUCCACUGGAGAAACUGACGAUGAGAGUGAGGAGGUGUUCAUGGAUGACGACCAGAUGAUGGAAAUCGACCAACAUUUGGCGGAGGUCUUUAGAAUGCGGUUGAAUGAGAAAAAGAACGGAAAAGACGCAGGAGCUGAGCGAGAAGCUGUUCACUUCAAGAACCGCGUGCUCGAUCUCGUCGAUAUCUUUUUAAAAAAGAGAGCAUCAAACCCUCUCAUCCUCCGUACGAUCCUUCCUUUGGUGGACGUCGCUACGAGGUCAACGCCGGAUGAAAAGCAACUUUCGGACAAGGCACAAGGUAUCAUCAGAUACAGGAUUGGAAAGCACAAAGAACUGCCUUCGGAUGCGGAUCUUGACGUCGCUUCGGCUGUGUUGAAAGAUCUCCAUGAACGAGCGACAAACGCUCGCUCCUCUGAGUAUCUGGCAACAUUAAGCGAUUGUAGUAUUUACGUGUCUCGUCUCAUGGCAAAUUCUGGACGGAUACAAGAGGUGCUUGGACUUUAUCGUCGAUCACUUUCCGAUUUCUUGACGAAGAAGAGGUCAUCUCUCAAUUACGUUUUCUUCGACGGGUUUUUGCGUCGUUUCCAGUCCGAGGCUUGGUGUCUUCGAGAUGACAUCUUGACUCUUUCCCAGAAGGCAGUGAAUGCGUACAGGCGAUGUCAGGCCUUACAGCUUCUCCACAAUAUUGUGGCUCACUUGCCUACGGAUGUAACAGAGGAAGUUUCAGACUUCAUGAAGAAGCUUCAACAAACACUUCUCCGCUGCAUAUCCGAAGCUUGCGACGGCAAACUCAAUAUGACCGCACCACAAAUGAGAGAGAUUCUCAAACUCGCAUUGUCGGCCACUCGCCAAACACGAAAGUUGCUUCCUACAGAAAUGGAGACAAUAUGGAAUGCUAUGGAAUGGACGUCCCUGUCCGAACACCUGGCGGAGUCUACUCGUUUCAGAGGUACCGUCCAAAUGUGCAGGCAAAUAACACGCCUCGAUGCUGCGGUAGGGACUGGUUCAAAACGCAGGAAAUCUCAUGAAGGAUCUGCACUUGAUGGUAAAAAGGUCAAGCGUAAGAAAUUUAUACAUGAGUAG